AUUCUAUUCGAUUCAAGCUUCUUACUCACUCUUCUGAACUUGACAAUGUCGCUGCUUCAGAAACGCCGACUUGCGUCGCAGCGCGCGUCCGACGCCGAAUCCGCGACCACCACCAGCAGCAGCAGCUCCUCCAAGACCGAGCUUGCUGAGCCCGUCCAUGUCGCCAAGCGUCUGCGCAUGGGCUCCAAGAAGCACCCGCGGAGUGCGGUUCCAUCGGCUGGCGAGCAGGAGCUGGCCCUGUCGCUGUUUGGCAACAUGCCGGCCUCAACCGCUGACGAGUCCGCUGCUGCUGCUGAUGCUGAUGCGGACGCUGAUGUUGAUGCGGACGCUGAUGUCACCAUGGGCAUCGACGAAGCCGGGGAGGACCAGGACCGGACGCUGAUCGCCAAUGACGAAGACGAGGAGCCUGCUCCAGCAAAACCCAAUGGCAAGAGCAAAAACCGAAAGGGCAAAAAGGCAGCAGACCCCGCCUGGGAAGACAAGGAUGACGCGAAUAUCAGUGUAUCUGUUGUCGACAAGGCUCGCCUCAAGAAGCUCCGUCAGGCAGAGGACGAACAGGCCAUUUCGGGUGCCGAGUACGCGCGUCGUCUGAAGGGCCAAUUCGAGAAGGUGCACCAAGCACCGCAAUGGGUCGAGAAGGCGACAUCUGCCGCUCGCCGACCAAAAAAGAAUGCCGCGAAUGGCGAAAGCUCCGAUGGCGGUGCUGCUGCUGCAUCCGACAACGAGGAGGACGAAGAUGAAGAAGACGAAGAAGAAGAAGAGGUCGACGAGCAUGACAGCAUUUUCCAGACCACACAAGGUUUGACAGCGUCCUCGAGCAGCACCGGGCUGCUUCCUGUUCGCUUGAUUGAGGCCGUUCGUGUGCGCGACGCAAACUCUGCCGAGGUUUCUGCCUCCGCCAUCCAGGCAGUGGCCUUCCAUCCCUCUGGAGCAGUUCUCAUGACUGCUGGUUUGGACAAGACGCUGCGGCUAUAUCAGGUCGACGGAACCGACAAUGCCAAGAUUCAAAGCAUUCACAUUCCAAAUUUCCCCAUCCAUGAAGCCGCCAUGUCCGUCGACGGCAGCCAGAUCUUUGCGACUUCGCGGAGAACCUGGUUUUAUACAUUUAACAUUUCGGAGGGCGCAAUUCACCGCGUUCCUGGCAUUCGUGGUCGCGAAGAGAAGAGCCUGGAGUCGUUUGUCGUCUCUCCCGAUGGCAAGCACCUUGUCUUCCUCGGCAAGGACGGUUAUAUUAUUCUUGUUUCCACAGUGAGCAAGCAAUGGGUGGCAGACUUCAAGAUGAACGGCACUGUGCGAGCAGUGGCCUUCACGCGCUCUGGCAAUCAGCUGCUGUCGUUCGGUGGUGAUGGUCAUGUCUAUGUAUGGGAUGUAGCAUCGCGCCAAUGCACGCACCGAUUUGUCGACGAAGGCUGUGUACAUGGCACCGCGAUUGCCGUCAGCCCAAACAACAAGUACAUUGCUUGCGGUUCCGACACUGGCAUCAUCAACGUAUACGACACUACCGUUGCCCUUGCUUCCGAAAAUCCCAAGCCGUUGCGAACCAUUGAUAAUCUGACAACUUCCAUCUCGGGUCUCGUGUUCAAUCAUGACGCUCAACUGCUCGCUGCUUGGAGUGCCGAGAAGAAGAAUGCUAUGCGUCUGAUUCACUUCCCAUCUGCAACUACCUUUGCCAACUGGCCUUCCGAGAAAGCGCCGCUUAGUUAUGUGCACAGCGUCGCAUUCUCGCCUCACUCUGCCUACUUUGCAGUUGGCAACGACAAGGGCAAGGUCGUCUUGUACCGGCUGAAGCAUUAUCCCACGUACUAAAAAAAACCAUUGCAGCAAUAAACUCUCUCGGUGAUCCAGA